CGCCCCUUGAGGCAUGGGGCGGGGUAGGUGAGGACCUCCUCCCUCAUUCCCUCUUGGGCCGCGCCGCCCCUCUCUCUCGCCCCUCCUCCUCCCUUUCCCACCCCUCGGAGUGGAGCUGCACAUGCGGCUGCUCCCUGUUCUGUCCCGCCCAGCCACCCUCGCUCAGGAACGGGUCCCUGCAGCCCCCAGCCGAUGGCAGGACAGUAGCCGCCUGUCAGGGGUCGCGAAGGGCUGAGGCAGAGGCAGAGGCUCCCGGGCCUCAGAUAGUGGCUGUCUCUGGAGGCCAUGGGCUACCCUGAGGUAGAGCGCAGGGAACCCCUGCCUUCAGCAGCGCCAAGGGAGCGGGGCAGCCAGGGCUGCGGCUGUCGCGGGGCCCCUGCUCGAGCGGGCGAAGGGAACAGCUGCCGACUCUUCCUGGGUUUCUUUGGCCUCUCGCUGGCCCUCCACCUGCUGACGCUGUGCUGCUACCUAGAGUUGCGGUCCGAAUUGCGGCGGGAACGGGGAACUGAGUCCCGCCUCAGCGGCCCGGGUGCUCCUGGCACCUCUGGCACCCUAAGCAGUCCUGGUAGCCUCGACCCUGUGGGUCCCAUCACCCGCCACCUCGGGCAGCCGCCCUUUCAACAGCAGCCUUUGGAACCAGGAGAAGAUCCACUCCCCCCUGACACCCAGGACCGGCACCAGAUGGCCCUCCUGAAUUUCUUCUUUCCUGAUGAAAAGGCAUAUUCUGAAGAGGAAAGUAGGCGUGUUCGCCGCAAUAAAAGAAGCAAAAGUGGAGAAGGAGCAGAUGGUCCUGUUAAAAACAAGAAAAAGGGAAAGAAAGCAGGGCCUCCUGGGCCCAAUGGCCCCCCUGGCCCUCCAGGACCUCCAGGACCCCAGGGACCCCCAGGGAUUCCAGGAAUUCCUGGGAUUCCAGGAACAACUGUUAUGGGACCACCUGGCCCUCCUGGCCCUCCUGGUCCUCAAGGACCCCCUGGCCUCCAAGGACCUUCUGGUGCUGCUGAUAAAACUGGAACUCGAGAAAACCAGCCAGCUGUGGUGCAUCUGCAGGGCCAAGGGUCAGCAAUUCAAGUCAAGAAUGAUCUUUCAGGUGGAGUGCUCAAUGACUGGUCCCGCAUCACUAUGAAUCCCAAGGUGUUUAAGCUACAUCCCCGCAGCGGGGAGCUGGAGGUACUGGUGGACGGCACCUACUUCAUCUAUAGUCAGGUAGAAGUGUACUACAUCAACUUCACUGACUUUGCCAGCUACGAGGUGGUGGUGGAUGAGAAGCCCUUCCUGCAGUGCACCCGCAGCAUUGAGACAGGAAAGACCAACUACAACACUUGCUAUACUGCAGGCGUGUGCCUCCUCAAGGCCAGGCAGAAAAUUGCCGUGAAGAUGGUGCACGCUGACAUCUCUAUCAAUAUGAGCAAACACACCACCUUCUUUGGGGCCAUCAGGCUGGGCGAAGCCCCUGCCUCCUAGAUUCUCCCAUUCCAUCCUGGCCCUUGCCCCUGCCCCAGGUUUGGGAGCCAGGACUCCCAGAACCUCUAAGUGCUGCUGUGGAGUGAGGUAUAUUGGCGUUGCAGCCACAGAGAGAAAUGCCCCAGUGCUAUUUAUUCCCCAGUGACUCCAGGAUGACAAGGCCUAUGUGACUUCCCAGAAUGACCUUGAGUUGCCAGGGCAGUUGAUGAAGCCCCAGGGUUUUCAAGAAGCAGAACCUUCUUAGGCUACCUGCUGACUGGCUUGUGGUGACUCCUCAACCCCUAGGUCCCUUACCAGAUUUAUCAUUUGUUGCACUAAACUGAGGAUCUAAGACAGUAGGCCACAAAAAGCAAAAGUGCACUCCAGAUUCUAGGAGUGACUGUCUGACUCCAAGGGGGCUUCUGCUUCUCUCUUGGCCGGGAGUGGCAUUAGGUUGCAACUUAAGGAGAGGGUAAGGUCAGAAGAAGGCAAGUGCUUGUGGCAGAGACCCAGGCAAUAACCUGCCAAGCAAGCAUCCUUGGCAGAGGAGCCAUUCUUGCUGUAUUGCACUAUAACCUACAAGAGGCUCAAAAAACUCUUCCCACUCAGGUGGAGAGGUACACUGUGGCAGCUUGCUGGACUCCAGAGCUGGAAACUUUGCUCUGCCUUAGAAUCAUUGAAGGCAUGGCCACAAGCCUGCCUAUGUAAGAACCCAAAUCUAUAGUUGGGGCCAUGCAUUUCUCUUUGUUUACAGCUAUGUUCCACGUUCUGAAAACUGCCUGGAGUCUUCCCACCAGUCACUCUCCCAAGACUGCCUAGAAAUUCUAUCUUCUUUCUCCACAGUGCCUACCUCUGUCUGAGACAGGUGCCUCAUGUGGGACUCAUGCUCACAUGAGUCUUGUGUAGUCUUUAAAUAACCUUGGCACGAAGAAUCAUCCAUUGAUUAAGCAAUACAAUUAUUAGUCAUCUAAUUCUAACUAAGUUGUGUCUGGGAACAGACGAUUAAACAGAAUGACCUCUAAAAGCCCUUUAGAGUUUGAAUAUUGGUGUCUCUCAACAGUUACCUGCCACAAUAGACUUUUGAAUCUCCAAACCCUAGACUCUCUUGGAUCUUACCAAAGCACGAUUUUUAUACCUUGCCCAGAAAGAGGGAGACGUGGAAAUCUUAAACAGGGAGUUUUGUCUAUGUUUGUUGCAACCCAAAUGAUCAUUAGGUCAGCCCAAGUGACCAUUAGGUCAGGUCUUAUCUGAAAGAACAGAAGCUGAUGGCCCACUCACCCAGUCUUCCUUAAGAAACAGAUUACUGUCACCAUAGAGCUCUGUGCUGCUCUCCCAGAGCCAGACUCAAGAGAAAUCAAUUGUCUGGCUAUUGUGCCGGGCUCGGAUCCCUAGUUCAGAUCCAAAGGCACCUCCACCAAUUUUCCUGCAUAGUCAUAUUCUAGGAUUAUUCACAGAGUUUCUUUCCAAUUGCCUGGCUUCAGGAUUCCAGGUGCUGCCCAAAGCAGGGAGGAUCAACCUUUUACAGCCUGCUCCUCUUGCUCUUGAAAUGUAUUUCUUUUUGAAGAGACGGAGAAUACAUCCCUGAUAUUCAUUAAGAACAAAAGGUUUCUCUGCUUCCAUUUCCAAGUAGCCACAUUGUUUGGUCUUAAGAGGGUCAGGGCAAGAGGUGGUAGGCUAAGCCUCCUUUGUCUAAUGCUAAUGACAGCCUUACAACCAGAACUGAGGUAAACUUUAGACAUGCAUCUGACCCUGAAGGCCUUGAACAAUCAGCAGUGGUAACAGGAACUAACAGACCCUCUCCUCGGGAUUUGAAGAUCACUUCCUCUUUUACUAUUUCCUUUGAAGAAGGCAGGGUAGGGACUAUCACAGUUCCCUUGUAUAGGGAAGGCCCGGAGAGGUAAAGAGCUUUGACUAAGACCUCACACAGCACAAGUCACAGACCUGAGCCUUUAGUGAGGUCUGACUCCCACGCUAGUUCCUUACCACAGUACUGUCUGGAAUUUGGGAUCCAGGAAGAACAAAUAAAGCUGGUCAUAUGGAACUGACAUCAUUGGGGUCCUAGGGACAAACCUGACAUCAUUGGAGGUCCUAGGGACAAACCUAGCAAUGCCUAAUUUUCAUUACUUGAUGGCACUGCUUGUUCUCUUGGCUGUCAGGAGUUCUUUGGAAGAAGACUGGGUAUUUUCUUGGGAAACAGCCCCAGUAAUCAACCUUAAGAGUUCUUGUCUUGAGAAGAAUCUUCCAUUCAAGCUCUGGUUCCACAGAAUGCCUUUAGGAUCUUUCACCCAUAUGAUAAAAGCAGUAACUAUCACACAAGCCAUCACACUUCCAUUCCUAACACUAGACACAAGUGCUGGGAGCCAGUCUGAUUCCUGUAGUUUCAUGGACUCUUUGUCUCCAUCUGCCAUAUUACAAAGCCCUUGAUGUUGCCAGAGUCUCUCAAGAAUAGGGGGAAACCUGAGAGGACCAUUCUAAAGCCAGAUGACUGUGAGGAAAGCUGUUUCCUAACUGUGCCCCUGCAGGAAUGCCAACCCCACCCAUCAAACUCUCUGUGCAUAGAGAUCAUAGGAGAAUUAGGCUUCUCUCUACCCUUUCUUCAUUCUAAGCCCUCACAAGGAGCCCUAGAGGAAGAGGGUUGGGGAAGGAAGUAGUAGAGAGUGGGAGGCCUGUGUGCUGUAAUCAUUGGCAAAGUGGUGAAGCAUUUUAGUGAUAGCAGGAUAGGAAGAUAGAUUUACAGUUUGGAAUUGUUAUGAUGUGAAGUUACCCCAAGGCUAACAGAGAGAAUGGGACAUGUUUGGGUCAGCAGGUGACAGGUUUGAAGAAAAUUUGCAUGGCAGGAACCUGUACCAGCUGCUUGAGAUUCAGAAUCUCAAAAUGCAGCUGCUGGGUAUUAUUUGGCUACUGGUUCCCUGGAAGAUGUAGCAUUUGCCUUAGCUGCCCCUUUAGCCAUCCUGAGUCAUAUCUCUGUAGCUUAGGAAGCAAGAGUUAAGGACCCCAGAGGUAAGCAAGGACUUGGAUCCUCAUGUGAGUGCUUGUGUUUUAUGCAUCUUCUAGUAGAUGCAAACAGAUUUAGAGAAAUUUUGACUUAGAAAGGCAAUUAGAGGGAAGACAGCCCAGCCUACAUCCCAUCCUGUUACUCAUAUGAAACUGAUGCUCAGACAGUGAACAGGUCCCCACCUCCAGACUCAGCAAUGAAAAGGGGCAGCCUGUUCCAUGGGGGUCUUCUCUUUCAUAUACCCACAGACUCAAGGCUAGAAGUGCUUGUCUCUCUUCAGGAGCCUGACCAGGCAGGGAGUGUGGCUGCAGUCUUCAUCCGAACUCCUCUCCUCACACACUCCCCCAAGGCAUUUGUGCAGCUCCUGCCUCUGGACUGGAAGGCUCUAAACUGGCUCAGAGCCAGGCAGUUUUUAGUCCUCCACAGUGUUACCUGAGGUCCCACCCUUGCCUGGGUGUACCUAGGCCAUGUGCACCCCAGAACCUGAUUUGUUUUCUUAAUCCAUUUCAGGGCUCUUUCUAGGAGGGGCCUGAGGUGUGUUUCUUUAUUCAAAAAGCUUCCAGCUGAGAUGGGGGUGAGGGGAUUUGUUGUGAGAAUGGCCUGGAGCAGGCUAUUGCUGCUUUGGGGGGUCAGCAUCCUGUGUGAGAUAAUGUGUAUAUAAACUAUAUAUAUAUAUAAUGUAUAUAAACAGGGAUGUAAGUUUGUGUAAAUUAAUGGUUUCUUCUUUGCAAAUAAAGUGAUCCCCUCCCCA